AGUUUAGCGCUUUGUCACUUUCAGACCUCCCAUCUAAUGUUGGCAAUAACUCAGCUUGUCUUUCAGUUUCCUCCUCGGCUCGUUCUCCUGCCUCCUGUCUUAGCCAACUGUUGGAACAAAUUAACUCCACAGGCUGGCUUUAAGGUUUUUCCAUCCUUUUACUAGGUUUAACUUUCCCGCCUUCUCUUUUCGCUCUCAAUGAUCUCACUUCCGGAUGACUGCGGCCACUGAAAGAACAAGGGAAGUUCUUCGGAAGGAUUGUCCGGAUGUCGGAUACCUCUCACAAUCACAGCCACGCGAACAGACGAGUAAGAUCCACAUGUGAACACAGGUACAGUUGUUUUGUACCCAGGGGCAACAUAACGUGUGAACACUCCCAUAGCUAGAGUUUAAUACCACUGAAGAUAUCUAGGUAGAAUCAGCCAGGCAUUUUGCAGUCCAGCACUGUUCGCAGAUUCCUGCCAAAAUGCAUCUCAGAGGAAGACCUACUGACGAACGCUAGGGAGCAGCAGUUAAGAAAAGACAGGAUCGACAUACGCAUGGCUGCUCUUAGUAAACAAGAACGGAAGUCUAGCCUCAGGUCCAAGCCGAGAGGCUACUUACGCACAUCCGGCGGAAUUACAUUAGAAGACAGGAAACUCGUCCCCACACUCAGCUCCCUCUAUCCUUCCCUGUUACUAAAGGGCGAGUAUGUAUAGACUUGUUACAGGCGGGAAAAGACUCGUGGAAAAGCGGAGCAAAGUACCACCGUGAUCAGCAAUAUUCGGAGGCUUAGAAAGAGGAGGGAGAAUGAAUUCCCGGUAUAGGGAAUGAAGACAGAACAAGAAAUCUCUUCAGAUUACAUUAGAGAAAACAAAGAUCUGUGAAAAUGUUCUGCCUUCUACGAUACUGUUUUCAAGUUCCUUCCAAGAUGAUGUAUCUUCAGAGACUUCCACAGCCUGGAUGGAGUAAGGCAGUCUGCUCUGCUGUCCCUUUUGAUAAUAUUCUGGGUGUCCUGCCAAAAUCACAGCUCUUUAGGCAUUCAUCUGCCAGCAUAACCAAGGCACAGAGUUUCCAUUCCUCCUGUUGCAACUUGAAGAAAAAGAAGCCCCCAGAACCUGAACCUCGACAACUAGAUCUGCUGCGAUAUGACAUGCCAUCACUUAAGGAUUCUUCAAAGCCUGCUCUGUAUUUGGGCUUUGCAGGAUUAAUUCCAUUUGUUUCAAUACCUUUGUUAAUGGCUAUCCAGGAGGUAUCCUACCCAGAGCUGGUGUUUGCUCAGAUUGCAUAUGGCGCCUGUGUAGUAUCUUUCUUAGGAGGGAUCAGAUGGGGAUUUGCUCUUCCAGAAGGCAGUCCUGCCAAACCUGAUUGGAUUAAUUUGGCUAACAGUGUUGUUCCUUCAUUAUUUGCCUGGCUUGCUUUGCUUUUUAAAGAUGACCCCAUUCAAGCUGGAAUGACUGUUAUAAUAGGAUUAGGGAUAGCCCUGCAUUAUGAUCUUGCUCUCCUUCCCACCUAUCCCAGAUGGUUUAAAGCCUUGAGGGCAAUCCUAACUAUAGUGGCUGCAUGUUCUCUCAUUGCCACAUUAUGUAUUGUAAACGCUUAUCCAGAGAAACGAUUAAGUCGUUAUGCAAGUGAAUCAGAAGUAUCAAAAUAAAACUACAAUGGCCUGUGAGGUAAUUGUGGGUCACUCCUAAACAAUUUUUACAAAGUUUUGCAUGAAAAUGAACUGUGGCUCCUCUGUGAAGACUAUUUUAACAGAAUAAGAAAAUGGUGGUUGCUUAUUAACAUAUAGCUGAGUUUGUGGACUGAAAGAAGAACAUGUUGAUGGUUGGCGGUUUUUGCGUGAAACAACACGUUACGUUGGAUGUAAGAUGGUAAAGAAUCAUCACAGAGGCUUGAGAAA